AGUCAACUUGGCUUCCUGUCUAAUUUCCCCACGAUAAGGAGGCUGCAAAGCUCAAAAUCCUCAGAAUUCGACCUGCCCUGAUAGUAUCUGAGCCACCAUGAGAACCCGAGGUGACAUGUAUCCAUUGGGGCUCUGCAUCGCCCUGUGCCUGGGGGGCACCGUGGCCCAGAAUAACGGCACACAAGGUACCACUGAGGACUUCAUCACCCAUAUGCUAUGCCCAGCAAACGCCAAGUGUGUGAACAACACCCACUGCACCUGCCUGGAUGGAUACCAGUCACAUGGGAAUCACCCCGUCUUCUUCACCGACACAACGGAGAUCUGUGACGAUAUUAACGAGUGUCUGGGGCCGAGCCCGCCAGACUGUGGACGCAACGCACACUGCGCCAACUUGGCUGGGAGUUACUACUGCACCUGCAGCGAUGGCUACGGUCCCAGCUCUGGGAAAGCCAACUUCACACACGCGAGUGAGAACACCUGCCAGGGUGAGCUCUCCCCUGGCCCCCACCUGCUGAGACACCCCCCCCUCGCACACAGAAAUGCUCGUUCCAGGCCUGGUGCUGCACCGGGGCUGCUGCCGGCUUUGGCAGUAGCCUGAGACUGUCAGCGAGGCUGUGAUGAGACGUGACCCUCUCCUGCUCCCGCAGAGCAUGGGGCCGGGCUCACCCCUGUGCCCAGUGCUUGGACAGGGAAUAAACCCUCGGGGUUAGAAACAGACCCACAGAGCAAACUCCUUGUGCUGCAGAGAUGCACUGGGGAGAGGGGAGGGGACCCUCGCUGGCCCCAGCACGCAGCAUCUGAGCUGCUAGUGCCCCGCGGAGCCUGGGAAGUGGCCCCAGGAACGGCUCUGGGAAUUGGGCUAAAGCGUUCUUGAAUUCGCCCCUGUCCCCUAUUGCUUGAGCUUCCACUAGGGCAGGCAGCCAUGCUCUCCUCUGGCCUCUAGGGGGCACAGCUGCUAGUUCGAGGGACCCUCCCACUGCCCAAAGCUCCCUGCGUGGGCAGUGCUGUGAGGGGGCAUGUGCUGUGACUGGCAUUGCCAGCCCAGCCCCAGGCUUCCCUGAGGCACCCCGAGUUCCAGCAGUCUGGGGCGGGGACAUGGGGUUGGCGUUUGUCAGCUCCGUGUGCUGUCCCGGCUCUGUGCGGGUCGCCGGCCCGGCAGACCUCCAUUGAAGUGCCCAGACAGCCCACAGAGUUCGAUCAGUGGCGAAGGCGCUCGGCCAGGUUUAUUGCCAAUGCAGCCCGGUGCCAGCGCCCAGAGAUGCCACAGGGACACGGCCACACGUCUGCCUCUGACAAUGGACCCGACAGUUACAGACUGAGACAAACCAUCUGGGAUAAACAACCUACGUCCCAGCUUGUGUGUUUCACAACAUGCUUGUUACCCCCCUUGUGCCUUUCUCCUGCUGCUUCAGACUAAACUUCCCUUAUUCACCCCCUGGCUUUGUACUUUACUCCUGAUGCUUCAGACAAAACAUUCCCCACCCGUCAAACCAUCUUAUCAUGCGCUAGGCAGGGGAAUCUCGUGCUGGGAUGUGGUUACACAGUCACUGGGUUUUGGCAAUGCCGGCAAUACCGGUGCUGAGUUCGUGCA